GGUGUCACGUAAUUUGGAGUGAAGAAAAUACGUAAUACCUAAUAUAAACAAGAUAUUAUUAAUAUUAACACAAUGAAAGAUUUUAUUAAAAUUGAUUUGAACAUUGGAGAUCAAUUAACAUCGAUAUCUUGCGGACAUAUCGUUGUAGAAAUUAUUAAAUUUUUAGCUUAUCAAAGACUUCAAAUUCCCUACACAUAUCAAUGGUUAAAACAAAUUGUUACUAAGAGAAAAGCGUGUGAAAAUGUGAAGGAAAGUUAUCAAUCUGAAAGACACUUUCGUGUUGCAUCUACAGCACUGGAUAAUCUGGAUUUUAUUAUUAAGAGUCUCCUGAAAGAAAUUGACUGUGCAACCUUACCUGAAGAGAUCUGCAUAGCACUCGGUGCAACACCUAUUACCUGCAAAGAAAUAUAUCGCCUACUUUUGCCUACUGUGUGUCAUAAGCCACAGUGCCAUUCAAUUCACAUUGCAAAUGACCAGAAAAUUCAAAGGAACGUCUUUAAAAAUUUAGUGACAUCUGAGGAGUUAAGUAAAGUCUUCUUCAAUUCACUACCUCCAACUAACAUGUAUGUGUUCCUAAAGAAAAACCCAGUAUGCAACACAGAUAUUGUUUGUCAUGACAGUUUUGUAUUGGUUAAUGGAUACAAAAUACCUAGAAGUUGCAAAAUUGUUGUUUUAGACUUUAAGGCUGAAACUCCUGAAAAUGUAGCCUGCUGUAAUAAGUUUCAAGUAUUUGGCGACGUUAUAAGUAAAAAUUUAGAUAAUCUAAAUAUAAAUAGUGAUGAUACUGAGCAAGAUUUUAAUGAAAUUGAGUCAACAGAAUCUACUAAAUGGUUCCAAUCUACUUAUGUGAUGAAAGGCUUUAAAGAUUGUAUUGUCAAUGGAAACUCUGUAACCAACACAUGGGUCGAAUCUUGAUGGCGAAUCAAUUUUUUAAUAGGACAAUUAUUUUCAAUCAAAUUAAAAGCACUUUUGUGUUUUGACUUGUUUAAUUCUCAAUUGUUUAUUGACUGACUGAUUGUUACAUUUUUUUUUGUAAUUUGUUGUCAUGUAAUACUUUGUUGAUAACAAAUACUGUUAGUGAAUUUAUUAUUAUCAUUCAUAUAAUAAAUCUAUUCGAGUUGUUAUGUUCUGAUAUUGACAUAGUGCCAUAUAUAAUUUGUCUAGUUGAUAAUCUGAAGCGUAUUAGUAAAAUUUAAUGAUAAAUACAUUAUUUUUCUACAAA